GAGAGUGGUGGUGCUCGCAUCGCCGCUCACGCGGAUUGAAAAUGGCGGUGUUUCGUUCAGCAGAAUUGCUUCAGGGACACGAUACAAACUUCUCUAUCUAUUCCUUGUAGUUUGUAAAAGCAGUCGACAUAAUUUGACAUUGAGUACACUUAUCAAAUCAAGCAUUUCUACAUAAUAAAUAAGCGGCGAAUUGAGUGAAAGCAAGUGGUACAUAGAACUCUUAAUAGAAGAGAGUUUUGGCGUGAAUUUGUGGUUUUUUUUGUUGAGGAGGGGGGAGCGCUGCGGAGAGUUGGCCAAACGGUCUCUGGGCUGUUUUGUGUUAUAUUGUACCGGGUCAGAAGUUCUCAGUGUUGUACGCACAUUGAUUGUGUAUGUGUGUGUUUUCCCUAUUUCCGAAUUUGGGGAGGUUAAGAACGUAUGCUGUGCCGAGCUUUACCAAUUCUAAAUUUAUCAAUUUUUCAACAACUGUACUGUUUUCAAUCCGUGGUUAGGGGAAGGAGCGGCAUUAAUGAUGGACAUUAUUUCCAUGUUCAAUGUGACUCGAAAAAAUGCGAUGGAGUGUGACACAGUGAAGUGCUGAAUAUCUUACCACUUCGUCGAAGUGGCCAAGUGUUUUUCAGUGAGUUGAGCCGUUUGAUGCAUCCGUUAUAAACACAUUCAAUCGCUUGUCUCAUCAAUAAAUAGCGUGGAACAUCGAGAUAUUGUAGAGAUACGAGAAUUCAUUGAUAAACGAAAACGAGGCAUCAAAACUGAUAGAGUGAUAAAAGUAGAGCUGACAGGGUGGCGAAGGUGGUAGGGGACAUAUUCUAUGCCAAUGCCGGCGGAACAUCACGAGAGCCACGGUCACCACGAGAGUACAAAUUUUGGGCUCGCAGCCACUGCUCUCGCACAGGACGCCAGCAACAUGACGGCCAACAUGUACCGAGUGGGAGAUUAUGUGUACUUUGAGACGUCAUCCACCUCUCCUUAUCAGAUUCGAAGGAUAGAAGAAUUAAACAAAACGGCGAGUGGUAAUGUUGAGGCAAAAGUCAUGUGCUUCUUCAGGCGGAGGGAUUUACCGCCGACUUUGAUAAUGCUGGCUGAUAAACACCAAUUGGCAAGCGUGGAGCAGCAGAGGUCAGAAUCUCCUGCAAGCACGCAGAGUCAGAAAAUCGAGAAUCAAGAUUCGACUAAGGAUAUGACUAGUAAAGAUGGGAUUGGUCCGAAAAUGAUGAGCAAAGGGGCUGGGAAAGGUGGAUGGCUCAAAGCCCCACUGUCGGAGGCCCACGAGCCCCAUGGGAUGGAGGAAGGCGUUGCAGGUGCAGGUGGCGUUGCCGAAUUAAGUACAAAGCAACGACAUCAGAUGAAACAUCGAGAGCUUUUUCUCUCUCGUCAAGUCGAAACUAUGCCCGCCACCCACAUCAGGGGGAAAUGCUGUGUUACCCUCCUCAAUGAAACAGAGUCACUUCUCAGUUAUUUGAACAAAGAUGAUUCAUUCUUUUACUGCCUCGUCUUUGAUCCGGCACAGCGGACACUCCUUGCUGAUAAAGGUGAAAUUCGCGUAGGCAGUCGAUAUCAAGCAGAUGGGAUUGCGACAGUUCCUCUAACCCAAUCUGAGCGCGAAGCUGAUCCCCGUCGCCUUCAAGACUUAGAAACACUCGUUUGGACUCCUCGACACUCUCUCACAGAUCGUCAGAUUGACCAAUUCCUGGUUGUUUCCAGAUCAGUGGGAACUUUCGCUCGGGCCCUAGAUUGUUCCUCUUCUGUGAAACAGCCGUCCCUGCACAUGUCAGCAGCGGCAGCUUCGAGAGACAUCACUUUAUUUCACGCAAUGGACACUCUCCAUCGACAUAAUUACGAUCUUGCUAGGGCCAUGUCCUCACUGGUCCCACUCUCUGGUCCAGUCCUUUGUAGAGACGAAAUGGAGGAAUGGAGCGCUUCAGAAGCAAAUCUUUUUGAAGAAGCUCUGGACAAAUACGGGAAAGAUUUCUCAGACAUACGUCAAGAUUUUCUUCCAUGGAAGACACUAAAGAACGUCAUUGAGUACUAUUAUAUGUGGAAAACCACAGAUCGUUAUGUCCAGCAAAAACGAGUGAAAGCAGUUGAAGCGGAAAGCAAGUUGAAACAAGUAUACAUCCCAAACUACAAUAAAACACCUCCAACUGCUCCGACAGGUGGAGCAACUAUAAUGCCUUUAGGCAACAACAGUACCAACGGCAAAGGAGUCAGCAUCCUUAAUGGCAGUAGUAAUGGCAACAUUACUGACACAAGUGGAAUGUUAAUGGUUGGAGUGGGCGGGAAACCCUGCGAAAGCUGUCAAUGUAGAGAAAGUCCUCAAUGGUACGCGUGGGGUCCAUCUCACAUGCAGUGUCGGCUGUGUCAGUCAUGCUGGACUUACUGGAAAAAGUAUGGAGGUCUGAAAGUGCCGACUCGGAUUGAUGAUUCAGACUCAGAACGUAAACGAGGUAGUGCAGGUUCUGAUGAAGAGAGCAAAGGAAUGGGUGGAGCACAUAGGCCUCACCGUUGUUCCAUUCCUUCUUGUGGCAAGGAAUUCAAGUUGAAGGCUCAUCUCAGUCGUCAUUAUGCCUCUGCCCAUGGUGUGGAUUUAAGAGGAAGUGGAGCUGGUGGUGGAGGGAGUGGCUCACCUAGACCUGUCAUGAAAACUAGAUCUGCAUUCUAUUUGAGGACUUCCGCGUUGGCCCGUGCUGCGAGGCGUCUUUGCGCAGCCCAACUCAGAACACGACAUGCUGCCCGGGCUCCUCAUCAACCGGUCAAUGCUGCACCUUUGCGGCAUCUUUGUGCAUCUCCACAGUUAACAAGUAAGAGUUCAGCUGAGUUGAGAAUUUUGGCGAAGGCGGUGAGACCUCGGCCUCGCCCCAGAGUUACAGAUAUUGCGACGAGACUGGGAGAUCAUCCAGUACCCAGACAACCUGGCGAGUGGGAUUGGUUAGUGCUUACUGCACCUGGAAUGAGGAAACAGCCUGAUGUCGUUGCUUUUCCAAAACCGCUGAAAGCUGCAGAUGGUAGUUUGCUAUAUGACAGAGUGCCAAAUAAGCCAGAGGUAGAUAGAUUACCACCGACUCCACCACAGCCGCAGGCUCAGGCAUUAGUUCAACCCCAACCAACAAUAUUGAAACGCACAAGGCCACCGUUAGAGGAGCUCAAUGGAUCAGAUGGCAUUGCCCUGAGUGCAGGGCUACAUGGUCCCCCAGCGAAACGCGCCCAUCAUUCUCAGCAGUUACAUCCAAAACACUCGGUGGAUCACGUGUCACCGGCGAUUGUUCCUCUACCGCCACCAUUGAAUGGUAGAACAGUGAAUCCACACACGUUUCCUCAUGGGGUACCAAUGUCAAGAAGUAAUGCACGUAAGCAAGUCAUCUCGUGGAUGGAUGCACCUGAUGAUGUUUACUUCCGCGCCUCAGAUCAGACAAAGAGACUGCGGAGGACGUUGUCCUCAGCUGAGCUUCGAAGAGCAGCUCGUAAGCCAUGGCGCAGAUUGCCAGUCCCAGCUAUCCACCCGCUCCCCACACAACGACCACCAGCACCUCGCGCCGAAGAUCCGCGAAUGGUGGUAAUUCUCGAUUGAACUGAUUGUAUAAAUAAUCGAGGAUUUAUACCUUAACGUGACGUGUUCCCCCAUCAUCAACGAAAAAAAAAACAAAACAAAAAUCCCUUUUCGUACGAAUCAGAAAUUCUUUGAAGUAAAUUGCGAAAUAAAUUUUAUUCGACAAAAUUUAACUCUGAAUAACUUCAGGAUUUCGAACUUGAAAGAACUUGAACGAAGAAAUAGGGAAAACAAUCGCCAACACCAACUGAUUCUGCACUCUCUGUGGCGUAAAAAAUAAUGUUUUUUUUUCACAUGUAAAAACAGAUCCUUUUUUUGAAUAAUAUAAGACAUGAAUUAAUUUUUGAAUAUUGAAUGCAUAGAAGAAAAUCGGUAGAAUUGGAACCAUACUGGAAUGCAUUCGAAGGCGAAAAAUAAUCGAUGAAUAAAAGGUCAAUACUGAUGAACUUGA